AUGCAUAUCUUAUUGUUUCUGGGUGCUCUCCUCGGCGCAGCCGGCGUGAGCGCGGUGGAGAGUCCACACAAGAGAGCGCUGCCGAAGCGAAAGGCUGCUAUCCCCAACACUGAGCGAGCCAACAGUGCCCAUGCGAAGAGAGCGCAUUUGAAUGACAAGACGAAGAAGUUUGCCGUCGAUGGCAAAGGCCUUCCAGAGGUAAACUUCGACAUCGGGGAGUCUUACGCUGGCACCCUCUCCAUCGAUGAUGACCCCGACAACGAGAACCAGCUCUGGUUCUGGUUCUUCCCGUCGGAGAACCCGGCUGCUGGCAACGAGAUCACGUUGUGGUUGAACGGUGGGCCUGGGUGUUCCAGCUUAGAUGGACUGCUGCAGGAGAAUGGACCCUUCUUGUGGCAGAGUGGCACUUUCAGGCCUAUCGCAAAUCCGUACUCAUGGGUGAAUCUUACGAAUAUGGUGUGGGUUGACCAGCCCAUUGGGACUGGUUUCAGCCCCAAUGCAAAGGGUGCCGUGAAAAAGCUGAAGACGGAGCACGACGUCUCGGUCGACUUUAUGGGCUUCUGGAAGAACUUCAUGGAGACCUUCAAUCUUACCGGAAGAGACGUAUACCUGACGGGAGAGAGCUACGCCGGCCAAUACAUCCCCUACAUCUCCUACAACAUGCUUCAAGCCAACGACACCGACUACUAUAACGUCAAAGGCAUCCAGAUCAAUGAUCCAAGCAUCAACGAAGGAGACACCAUGACCGAAGCUCCCGCCAUCAACUACGUGAACGAGUACUCCAACAUCUUCAACCUCAACGAAACCACCAUGGCCUGGUUGAAUCAGCGAAACGAGGAGUGCGGUUACGCCGACUUCAUGGAGAACGCGCUGUCGUACCCACCCAAGGGACCUAUCCCUACGGCGCCGGAUAGCUACAGGAAGCAUUGCAACCUGUGGGAGUAUGCUACUUCGGCUGCGAUUUACAUUAAUCCGUGCUUUAACUUUUAUCAUAUCAUCGGUCAGUCUGGCAAUCCUGCUGUGUGUGGAUCACGCUGA